CGUGGACGACCCUAUUGUUCUGGGUUGGGCCGGAGCACGACUUUAGAGGGCCUGGGCCCUACCCGGAAAAUAAGAACAGGUGAAUUGGGAACCUAUCAUUCUCGCCCUUCUUUACUCCCCUCGCCGGCGCCGAGCCCCCGCUCCUCCGCGACUCAUCGCCGUCGACCACCACCUCUCCUCCUCGACCACCAGACUUCACGGGGAGAACGAUGACCACGAAGCGCCCUCCGCCCGACCCGGUCGCCGUCUUGAGGGGCCAUCGCGCCUCCGUCAUGGACGCCUGCUUCCACCAUUCGAAACCGCUACUCUUCUCCGGUGCCGCCGACGGGGAGCUGCGGUUGUGGGAUGCCGUGCAGCAUCGAACGCUCUCUUCCACUUGGGCUCAUGGUGGAGCUGCCGGGGUCUACGGUGUGGCCACCAGUUCUGCAAUCGGGAACAAAGUCGUUAGUCAGGGUAGAGAUGGGACAUGUAAAUGCUGGGAGAUUGAAGAAGCUGGUCUGUGCAGAAAGCCCUUGGUUACUUUGAGGACGAACUCGUAUCAUUUUUGCAAGCUUUCCUUGGUCAAAGCUCCAUCUUUCAUGUCGCAAUUUAAGCAGGCCUUGUCUGUUGAUGAAUUGGCCAAGCGAUCUGAUUGCUCGACUACUGAAUUAGAAGAGGAUAAGGAUAACCAUGGUUCAGAGGAAAGAGGAAACCUUUCUGGGGACUGUUCUGAUGGGAAUAGUCAGGAAAAUGAUCAAACACAGAUGGAAGACCUUUUGACCACUUGUGGACCUAAAUUGAUGGCCCUAGCUGGUGAAGAAUCAUCACAGGUUGAAAUUUGGGAUCUCAACACUGCAGAAAGGUUAAUUUGCUUACCUCAGACUUGCGAUGCGACUUCCAGUGAACACCCUACAAAGAAAAGAGGGAUGUGUAUGGCUGUUCAAGCUUUCUUACCAUCUGAAUCACGAGGAGUCUUGAAUGUUUUAUCUGGUUACGAAGAUGGAAGCAUGCUCUGGUGGGAUGUGCGAAACCCUGGGAUUCCACUAUCAUCUGUAAAAUACCAUUCAGAAGCAGUUUUAUCCCUUGCGGUUGAUGGGUUUUGCAAUGGUGGCAUCUCUGGAUCUGCUGACAACAAAAUAGUGAUUUUUGCUCUUAAUCAUCAAACGGGUACUUGUAUUAUUAGAAAAGAAAUAAGUCUGGAGCGACCUGGAAUAGCAGGCACUUCCAUUCGAGCUGACAGUAAAAUCAUGGCAACUGCUGGAUGGGAUCACAGAGUGCGAGUAUAUAAUUAUCGUAAAGGGAAUGCUCUUGCAAUAUUGAAGUAUCACACUGCUACGUGUAAUGCGGCGAUGUUUUCAACUGACUGCAAGCUGAUGGCUUCCUGCUCUGAGGAUGCAACAGUGGCAUUAUGGGAACUAUACCCUCCUCAAAAUGCAACAUGAAUGGAGUCAAUAAGCUAUGGCGAAACAACUUGGGGCACUCAUUGACGAUUCUUCCAUUAGUGUGCUUGUUUGGCUUGAGUCUUGGCCACAUGGAGCCGAUCAUCAUAUUAUCUCAGAAGUCAGCAAUCUGUUGCCUCUUCCUUUGACCUAAAAUGCUAAUGCUCCAUUAGUAGUGUUUUGAGCCUCCUAGUUUCAUGUGACAAGUAGCAAUCAAAUGAUGGCAGAACAAAAAAAGGCUUCAACAUUGAAACAUUACAGGAAGAUGUAUACAAAAUUGUUACUUUA